GUAUAUAUUUAAUAUUAGUGUCGCGUAGAUAUGACGUCACUUUGUUAUUGCACCAGGCUGGGGACGUGUUGCUGUCGCUGAUCAGACGUGAUGAGUCAGCGGUCCGAGCGACGAGGGAUCCAUGUGGACCAAUCCGAGUUGCUGUGUAAGAAAGGAUGCGGUUACUAUGGUAACGCGGCAUGGCAGGGGCUAUGCUCUAAGUGCUGGAGGGAGGAGUACCAGCGCGCACGACAGAAACAGAUCCAGGAGGACUGGGAACUAGCUGAGAAGUUACAGAGGGAGGAGGACGCAGCGUACGCCAGCAGUCAUGGCUCUCAGCCUCAGCCCUCUCUCACUCCCUUCUCCAAGUUUGAGGAGAAAAAGACCAACGAGAAAACGCGCAAAGUGACCACGGUGAAGAAGUUCUUCAGCCCGUCAUCACGCAGCACCACGAAGAAAGAGAAAGAGAGGAAUGAAGAAAGGGAGAGAGAAAGAGAGAGAGAGAGAGGAGAGAAGGUGCAGGGCAGGAGGGAGAGUCACGGAGAGAUGCUGCUGCGAGAUCUGAAGGGUAUUUUUACACACUCGUGGGAGAUCGGCUCUCCGACUGAAGAGAGUCAUGAGGCGAAGUCCCACAGUCCGUCGUUUGUGCGUCAGUCGAGUGUGGAGACGGAUCAGGUGGCGCGGGAGUUUGUGGAUUUCCUGAAGAGUCUGAAACCGGGACGAGAGAUUCACAAACAGAGCCGAGCCUUUGUGGAGAGCAUGGGUAAUAAAAAGGACCUCGGCGCUGACGAGCUCUCCGAGUGCGUGCAGGAUUUCUACCAGCACAUGUCUGACCGUCUCCUCACUCACUUUAAAGGUUCCUCUGAGAAGGUGGAGCGAGUGAUGGACCAGGUGGAGAAGUAUAUCAUGACACGCCUCUAUAAGAGUGUGUUCUGUCCUGAGACCACUGACGAUGAGAAGAAAGAUCUGACUACGCAGCACAGGAUCCGGGCAUUACACUGGGUGACCAUCCAGAUGCUGUGUGUUCCCGUGGAUGAAGAAAUUCCAGAAGCAGCUGAUAGUGUAGUGAAGGCCAUUACAGAUGUAAUCGAGAUGGACUCGAAGCGUGUGCCGAGAGAUAAGCUGGCCUGCAUCACCAGCUGCAGCAAACACAUCUUCAACGCUAUCAAGGUGACGAAGAAGGAGCCGGCGUCAGCCGAUGAUUUCCUGCCCACGCUCAUUUACAUCGUGCUGAAGGCCAACCCGCCGCGCCUGCAGUCCAACAUCCAGUACAUCACACGCUUCUGCAACCCGAGCCGGCUGAUGAGCGGAGAGGACGGCUACUACUUCACCAACCUGUGUUGUGCGGUGGCGUUUAUCGAGAAGCUGGAUGCUCACUCCCUCAACCUGAGCGUGGAGGAUUUCGAGCGUCACAUGUGUGGCGGUGGCGACGGCGGCGGAUCCGGUGAUGUUUCUCCACGCAGGAGAUCCGAGUCGUCGUCGCCGUGGCCACUCGAGCUGCUCUCGGCUCUGCAGGAACGUCAGCAGCAGGUUCUGGAGGAGGCGCGGGAUCUUCAAGAUGAGCUCCAGCUCUGGCAGGAGGGCGUGGCCCGCGAGGUGCAGAACAUCCUUGACAAAUACCCACUGGAGAUCAAGAGGCACGCGGCACACACCAUUGACUCGGAGAACGAGGAGAACGACAGGCUGCCUCCGCCCCUGCAGCCUCAAGUGUUCGCCGGUUAGAACCGCAGACCAAAUUGAAGGAGUCAGUGUGAGUCAGUGUGAGUCAGUGUGAGUCAGUGUGAGUCAGUGUCAGUCAGUGUCAGUCAGAAUCAUUGUAAGUCUGCAAGUCAGUGUGAGUGAGUCGGCGUGAUUGAGAGUCAGAGUUUCAGUGUGAGUCAGAGUCCAGACGCUUUCAGAAUAACACUACUGCGUAUUUAAACUAAAGUAAUAACUGAGAACCUUCGCUUAAACAAGCAGGUUUUUCUGAACACAUGACUCGUUGAUGAGUUUCAAACCGGGAUGUUUAUUGAGUUGUGUGUUUUAGGAAAAACGAUGCUACGGUCGAGUCGUGAACAGAAAGACACGCCGUUCGUAUUUUGGUCUCCUCUCUUCUAGCAUCUAACUCUCCAUGUUUCUAAGGACGUAUGAUGCUGAGAAAGUUCUAAACUUCUGUGUAUGUUAGAGUCUGUGACCAUGCACAUUGUUGCCUGUCCACACGUGCUCACACACACACACAAGAGAAUUGUAAUAUAAACGUGUGCACUAGGGGGCAGUGUAAUGAAAGUCUGCUGUUUCACAAGCACUUAUGCAGAAGUUUAACUCGGACCUGACGAAGGCCCGAUAUUAAUUACUGUACAACCCAGAGCUGUAAUUGUCUGAGAGAAGAUGAUGAUGAUGAUGAUGAUGCUCCUGCUCCUCUUUCUUCGUUUGAUGUGUCCUGACAUUGUGACCACUUCACAAAGUUGUUUUUUUCCCCCUCCUGAGCUUUUAUUUAGUAAUAUUCAGAAGGACACGUGAGUUUAUCAGCAUGAAUUUCACUUCUAGGGCAUAUGGGUGCUGCCUAAUGAGGACCUAAUGUUUACUGAAACACAACCUAACCCUUUUACACACCAUUUACUUUCCUGUGCGCUCGUCAGAUUUAGCUUCUGUGAUCAUUUCAGCUCAGGUCCGUUACUGAUCACGGUGAUUCCUGACCAGACUGACUAUUGAUAACUUUUACUUGUGCUGCAAGUGUGCACUGGUGAGGGGAAGAGUGUGUGUUUGAGUAAAUCUUUCACUGGGAGCACACUCGUCUCCACUUGAAAGAACGUAACUGGAGGAAUAAAACCCAAACACACACACACCAUCACAUAGCAGAGUCUCAGUGAGACCAAGUGCACUAUUAAUACCUGGGUGCUGUACUAUAGCCCCCGUAGUGUGUUAUUAGUGCAUUACUACAUAUUAUUUAAACCUUAUAAACAGUUCCAUCUGAUAUGUCCACUUCUCUUUCUCAUCUAAAGCCCAUCUGAUGGAUUAUUCAUGAUUCGGCUCUUAAGAUAGCCAAAUGAUUGAAGUAUGGGUGUCAAGUGAAAUACAUAUCUACUUUAGUAUCAAACUGCAUUUAAACUACUGUACAGGUGACACACACACACUGCAUUAACUACUUUUUAAAGGCAUUUGCUUUAAAUUAUGCAAGAAAUAUCUACGUUUGGUUAUGGUACAUUGUACAAAUUGUCUUAAUUUUUUUCCCCCGUUAACAUUAUUAAUAUAUUAUAUUAAUGUACAGCGGUGUGACAUUGUGCCGAGAAUCAUAAUCAUUAUACGUUAUACUGCAAUAUUUAACCAUACGUGCUUUAGGAAAGGAAAGAUUAUUAUCAGAAGUACAGGUUUCUGGUCAGAAUUUGUUUUUAUCGGACAAAUUAAAAGGCAGAAUUUGAAAUGUACACUGUAAAUCAUGAUUAAGCUCAGGCAGGAUGCGUACCGAUUAAAUGUGGAGACAAUUGUUUGUUUGUUUGUCUUUUGAUAACUAUCUAAUUUGCAUUAAUCUCAAUUUCAAGUAUAUCUUUAAAAAAACUAAUUGAUCAGUAAAAGGUGGUGAACUCUUCACUUAUUGUGAGUGAUGAUGUGUUUAUAACGUGGAUAUUAACACCGAAUAAACACCGAGUCCAGCGUUUAGAGUUCUUCAGCAGGAAACGCGGCGAGUGUGAGUCGUGUAAAACACUUAACGUUGGCUGUUUUAGAGCUUCGUUAUCGUCCUGUCUCAUUUUUUUUCUUUGCAUCGUUUUUACACAUUUCACAAACACACUAACUCUAAUCGUGAUCGAGGUGCUGUGGUGAGUGUGAGAUUAAAAUUUAUACUGCUUUUAUUUAUAAGGUACAGAUAACUGACUGGGAUGUUGUUUCACUGUUCUGUAACGUCCUGUAAAUAAAAAACUGAAUAUAAAAGCGUAACAUUUUCA